AUGUUUUUAAUCAUUCUCCUUAUAAGUUUAGCAUUGGAGAAUAAGAACACUAUAGAUCGUCAAGCGAUAUCAAUGAAAAAGGUAGAAAAGAAAGAUGACCAAAAUGCUACAUUCUUAAAGCAUCGUAGGGGUUUGUACAAAAAGGCUAGCAAACUCGUUACAGAAUGCAAUGUUGAUAUUGGAAUAGUCAUGCUUUCCCCUACUAGUAAGCCUUUUUCGUUUUUUCACCCAACAACUGAUGUUGUUGUUUCCCGUUUUCUGAAUCCUAAUAUGCAAUUAAGUGAAAGUACUUGCCUAGUCGCGGCUCAUGCUCGAAAUAGAGUGAACCAACUCAACAACAGGCUUAAAGAACUUGAUAGCAUAGAAGAGGCUGCAAUCGCUCAAACAAUUUUAUAUGACCAAGUGACAGAAACUAGACAGAGAGGUCGGUGGGAGUCAAUUGAGCAGCUUAAUGCAAAUGAAGUAACAAAAUUUGAAGCUUGGUUAAAUACCGCCAGUUCUAAUAUGUACUGUCGUUUGAAGGAAUUGGAAAAUGGAGUUUCACCCUCAUCCACAUCUGAAGUUUGA